UUGACUACACUCUUCCCUUCCGCCCUUCUCUCCUCCCGACGACGGAAGAAGGGCAGUGACGUCACUUCCGCUUGCUGGAAGGGACGGCAUCUGGGCAAGAUGGCGCUCUCUUUGCUGAGAUUAACUGGUCGGCGCUGCCUCUGCGUCCGUCUUAGCCCAGGACUCUCCACACAACAUGCGGUCUCCAAGGCAACGACAGCAAAAGAAGAAAUGGCCCAGUUUUGGGACAAGAACACACAGUCAAAGCGUCCUCUCUCCCCUCAUAUUACCAUCUACCAGUGGUCUCUGCCCAUGAUGAUGUCCAUUUCUCAUCGUGGCACAGGGGUCGCAAUGAGCUUAGGAGUGUCACUCUUCGGCUUAAGCGCUUUGGUGCUUCCCGGGCAUUUUGCUGACUACCUGGACCUCAUCCGGUCUCUGAGCCUGGGUCCUGUUCUUAUAUAUUCCGCAAAGUUUGCCCUGGCGUUCCCCUUGUCCUUCCACACUUGGAACGGAAUCCGGCAUCUGGCCUGGGACAUGGGCAAAGGAUUCAAGAUCCCGCAGGUCUACCAGUCUGGGGUCCUUGUCCUCGUCUUGACGGUUUUGUCCUCCGUUGGAAUUGCAGCCAUGUAAACACUAAACGGCUCUCCUCCACCAUUAGGAGUGUGGCUAUCAAUUCUUGGCCUGGAUGAAUAGGUGACAAAUCAAUACACAGUUAAAUGAAAGAAGGCAAUUUUUUGCUCUCUCUCUCAGAUCAGAUUAUGGUAGAAGUCCCUGCAUAUGUGUGUGAUGGUUUGUGGGAUCGCCGUAUGAAGCCAAAGACUUCUAGAAGGCCGAAAUAAGUUGGUGAAGAAGUUCACAUACCCACAAAUGUACCACAAGCCUUUGCUUUUCUCGGCUGUGUGCUCUUUUCUUUCUCCCUCUCCUUCCAAACAAUAGCAGUCUUUGUGCCCAGGGGACUCCAAUUGUGCAGUGUGUGUGAGCGAGCGUGUGGGUACAUUUCUUCAAAGGACAACAAUCCCCAUUGAUGGCCGAACUGUGGCCAGACCAGCACAUUCAAGGCUUUGGCCACCUCCAGCUGCCGUCCUGUUCCUUGUCUCUUUAUCUCCAGAAUAUUGGCCUGAGGGGAGGUUUAGGGCCCGAAGCCUGAGGCUGCUUCUGCUGUAGUUUCAUAUGAUAAUAAUAUAUAAUAAUAAUAAUUUUAUUUUUAUAUCCCACCACCAUCUCGGGGUGGCUCACAUGGGGAUGAGCCCAGCCGUAACAUGGAUUAAAAACACAAUCCAGUAAUUAAAACAGUAUAAUCCAAAUAAUUGUAAGUCGAACAACAUAAAUAUAUAUAUGAUAGUGUCUUGUUCAGGUUUCUUCCAGCCAGAGAGACCAUCUAAUAUCCUAACCCAAAGUUAUGUCAUUCCUUUGCUAAUGAGCGUGACAUAAUCUUUCAUCAGGAUGUUAGAUUUCAAACCUUGAAACAGCUGCUGCUAAUUUUCCUUUUGUCAGACAUUUCCAACCAAAUGAAGGCCAUCCCCUCCUCUGUAAAUGUAAACUGUCAUGUAAUUAUCGAGACACGCUGAAGUUGUUGCUUCGGUUUUGUAGUGUUCUUGUCCUUUCAGUUAAUAAACAAAUAAGCUCGCCCUUUUUA